GAAGAGCAGGAGAACACUCGCGGUGCUUUCAAAUGCGGAUGCGCGAGCUCAGUUGUUAUGGACCCAGUUUAACGUCUGAUUAUUCAGCGCUUCUGAAACUAAACUCUUAAAAGUUUUGGUAAAGCGGAUUAAGAAAGUUAACGUUAGUAAAUAUGGACUCGAAUGAAUCGGCGCCGUUCCUUUCCAGAAAAGAGUUGCGGAAGCAGCAGCUGAUGGAAUACUUGGCAGCAAAAGGAAAGCUGAAACCUCCAAACGUCACUCACAAUCAAACUGCGGUAAAAACCUCUCUGAAGGUUGCUAUAGGAAAAGAAAACAAAGCUCCACCCGACAGGCUCAGGUGGCACGAUUCUAAAGAGAAAACUUUGGUGCCUCAGCGCAGUCAGGAUCCUCCUAGAAGAAGAUCACUGGGUGUCUCUGGCAAAGUAAAUGUGACAACAGGAAAACAAACUGCCAUUUGCUCAUCAUCCAGCAGCGUUUCAGCACAGACAAAAGUUAAUCAAAAUCCCCUGCUCAGGAAAACAUACACUGUAAUGUCUUCCAAAUCCAGUUUCAUUCCAGCUGCAACUCAGAAAAAUCAACCCGAACCAAGGAGUAGAAACCUGAGCAAGGUGCAGUUAAAUGGACGUUGUUCACAUGCAGCAAAGUCAGAACCCAAACCAAGCAUAGGCUCAAGUCGGGCUACGUUACGCCCACUGGACAUGGCGAGCAGCCGGAUAAGUACCGGCCCACUCGUUAAGACCAAAACAGGGCUUGUACCUGCAGCGAUCCAGCCGAGGAAUCCAAAAUCAAACGCAUCACUUCCACCUGGCUCAAAGCGUCAGACGUUCACUUCCUCCACUGUUGUUAAGAAUCCACGGGGCAAAGGGCAGUUGGGCAGAAUGUCAUCUGUCUCUGGUUCCCAGGCGCCUGGUCUGGUGAUUCCUACAAAUUCAAGAGCUAAGAGUAAAACCGAAGCUCAGAACAGGUCUAAACCUAAACCGCUUCCCGUUAAACUAACACAACCAACCGGAAGGAGCCAGUUUAGGACUGGACUUCACUCAGCUGGGCCUUCCAAAUGCAAAACUGUCAAACCAGAGCAGAGCGUGUUAACCAGUAAAACAGCAGGGCAGCCUGCUCACAUAUCUGAAAGUCAAGUAAAGAAAAACACUCAGUCUGUAAAAGCUGAUGCCCUAACAACCACAAGGUCAUCAAUCAAACGCAGCUCGACAGCCGUCAAGACGGAUGAGAGCGUUUGGUCCAAAGACGUGAGGAAAACAAAGGCAAACAGAGAGACACACAUCAUACAGAAAACAUCUAGAAAUGUUCCUUCAGUUCAUCCGACUACAAAAUGUGCAGGUGUUGCGCGGGGGUACCGAACCGCACCGCAGCCUUCCAGGUCCAUCAGCCUGCUGGGUCGGACCGCGGCCACCAAGACGCCAGCGGUCAUGAUUAAAACUGCUCCCCAGACUGAAGUAAAGAAACUGACUGCUGCGCAGGAGGAGAGGAUGAGGAAACUCCAAGAAUGGCGAGAAUCGAAGGGAAUUUCCUACAAACGUCCUCCGAUGGCUGCGAAAGCGCCGGCCACGCGCACCGUGUCCGUUCCUCAGCCCUUCUGGGCUUCCAUGGAGCUGGAGGACGAAGCCCACUCUGUCAUCUGUGCCGUGGACCGGUCCCUGGAGGACUGCAUCAAGUUGCUCAACGAGGGCUGCCCUGCGGACCGGGUGAAGGACGUCGUCUCACGGCUGCCGGCGGUGUCUCAGAAGUUCGCCAAGUACUGGAUCUGUCGAGCCCGGCUGAUGGAGCAAGAGGGAAACUUGGACGUGCUGCCUGUGUUUGAAGAGGCUGUUCGAGUUGUGUUGGAGCCAGUGGACGAGCUGCGGACUGUGAUUUUUGACAUUCUGAAGAAGAAGGACGAAAUCCAAGAAAAUGAAAAACUGGACGAUGGCACUGCAACCACAGAAGGGUCUCCAGACUGUGGCAACGACCCACUGGUGACACCGAAACCUGUCAGAGUUCUGAUCAAAGGAGAGAGAGGAGGCUCAUCCGUGGUCAAGUACAAGAUCACUGCGACUCCUGGGGGCCCAGCUAGUCAUCAGAAGGAACCAGUCAGGGUCAAAGGGCAGGAGGUCCGGUUCUUCACCCCGGUUCGACGCUCCGUGCGAAUUGAGAAAUCAUGUUUCCGAUACCCGCCGUCGCUCCAGGACCACGACGUCUGCGUGAAUUCGUACAGUGAUCUGAUCUCAGAGGAAGGCAAAGAAACCAGUGAAGAACAAUCGAGGUGCUCUGGUCGCAACACACCCAUGUACAUUUACAGACAGAACGAGGCACUCGAAGACAAAGUUUCCGUCAAACUCGUCCUUAAUGAUAGUUUUUAAAUUCAUCAGCUUACUUCAUCACACCUCUAUGAAUUUUAAAAUAACAGACAGACAAAGUCAGACUGUUACCUCCCAAAUGUUCAUAUUUGCAGAUACAAAUUAUUUUUGUGAUGUUUGAACUUUGCAAUUAAUACUUUUUUAAAAUCUAUCUGUACACAAAGGAAACUUUGAUAUUAGGUCAUGAUUGUUUUUUUUUUUUUUGUUCUGGGGAAAAAAAAGAUUUAAAGGUGUAAAAAUAAAAUCUUUCUUUUUUUUUAUCAGUCUUUUUACCAGAAUUUGUUUAUUUUACAUCAGAAAAUAACUUGUGGUUAGAGAGGAUCAAACUCUCAGACAAGGAUGAAUAAUCAUUCAAUAACAAUAAUUAUUAUGACAAAACACAUAAUCAAUAGUUAUUAUGUCCAAUAAAAUACUCAGUCUUGUAUGAACUCUGGACCAGAACCAAGCAAGGUUGGUGUCAUGACCUUUGUAGAAAAUUCCCUUCGAUUCUCGCCAUUCUUGGAGUUUCCUCCUGACAACCAAAUGUAAAACAAUCGCUGGCUAGAUAUUUAACUCCAUAUAUGAACCUUUUUUUCUAACAAACAGACAGAGUGUCACAUUUGGCUUAGUCCGUUUCUUUACUCUUUGGUUACACUGGAACAGGCUGAGUAACUCGUGCAGGAGCUGUUUUAUGUUUUGCCAUCGUGACUCAUAACUGCUUUUAAAAUUAACUGAAGGGCGUGGAGUGAAAUGAGAAAAUUAGUACAACUGCUAGAGAAGAAGCUGAUAGAGCAGGAAAGGUUACAUCACCUUUUGGUAAUAUUUAAAAAAAGAAAACUAAUCGAUAAUUAUUUAUCAACUGAUAUUUACUUUUCUUUCUAAGUAAAACAUCUUGCCACUUGUUAGCCUUUUGUUCACCAGAGCAGUUUUAGCCAGUUCUGACCCAGUCCAAACCGUCCAGGUUCCUCUCCAUCUGGGGUGGUUCCAGCCGCGCCUACCCUGGUAUUGUGCGGAAGCGAUUUUUGAUUGACGGUAGACUGCAUUCCUUGAUUGAUUUACGGCCAAUCGACGAUUGCGUAAAUCGUAAUAUGGCUCUGCAAACUCCAAGCAGAAACUUGGACCGGCUGACACGUCGCCUGCGGUCCGAGCGGCUCAGUGUGGAGCAGCAGAACCACCAGCGAGGCCAGAAGUCCGUCAAGCUUCGCAGCAGAAUGAGCGUUAUUUCGCAGCUAUGAAGAACGGAACACAAUGAAGAAGAGAGAAACGUUUCCGUUCUGGUCAACCUUCUGGUUAAAGUUUUGCAGAAUUACAUUGCUUUAGUUUGAUGUUGUGAACAUAUUCUUUGUUUGGGGUUUUCAUUAAAAUAAAGUUCAUGGUUGGAUAUUUGUACAUUUUACUGUAUUAAUUAAAUGCAAAUGUUUGUAUGUGUUUAAAGAAAUAAAGAUAAAAUGCUACCAUG